AUGGUUCGUGAACCUUUGAAGACGAAGAUGGCGAUGGUUAGUGAAGGAAAUGAGCGGCGAAAUCGAUUGGUGCUCGAUUUCAUCGAGACUGUGACUAGUAGCCACAAAGGACCACCUAUAGCCACCACCGAACUGCUGCUAAGUAGUUCCAACAACCAGUUAACGAUAGUGAGGCCACCAGAAAACCACCAAGGACCAUCGGAAUAUCACUGCUACCACCACCCAUCUACCCUCCUACGAUCACCGAUCAACCCACCACCUACAACCCUUUCCUUCUCCUUCCGUCUCGUCAAACCCAUUGGAAGAGGAAAUAAAAGCGGCAGCGCUACCAUCGUCGCCCUCCAUCGCUGCUGCUGUGGAAUCAUGUCGGACACCAUCAACCUCUUGACACCACCACCAUUUUCUGCCAUUGCGUCACCCUUAUUCUCGGUUCGUCCUCGUUGCUACCCUUUCUGCUUCCUAUUUUUCUUUCCUUCCGGUGAGGAAAAAGAGGAAGGAAAGGAGUUGGUUGGGCUGGGUUUGAUCGUUAAAGGAAAUGGGGGAGUAGAGGGUGGUAGGCAGCUAUGGUGGUGA